CACGCGCACGCCGAAAGCACAAGAGAGAAUGGCGAUGGCCUAGCCCUCCCUCCCUCCCCGAGACCCCGGCCCCUCCAUGGCCGCGCCGCCCCUCCUCCUCCUCGCCGCCGCCGCCAUAGCCUCCCUCGCCAUUCUCUUCCUCGUCGUCUUCGCCUGCCGGCGAUGGUGGCGGCUGCGACGCUCGCGCCUCCUGCGGAGCCGCCGCGCGGUCGAGGCGGCGGCGGCCGAUGUCGCCGCCGUCCCUCCGGUCCCCUCCUGCCAGAAUGAGGAUCUAAACAGGCCUCUCCUUGAAAAUCUGGAUGAUCACUCUAGCCAGAGUAACAAUUUUCCUGGAAAUGUUGUUGGAGAAUCUUCAAAAGUUCAAACAAAUAGGAGUAAUACUUCACCAAGAAGUCAUGGAAUAAGUGAUUCUGGCAGGGUUUAUCCUGCUGAAUCCUGCACUACACAAGGAGAAACUCAUGUGAUCGAUGUUUCAAAUGAUACAUCUGAAGAGUUUCAUUUGGGAAGCACAUUGAAGUGUGCAAAACAGACCAAUUGGUCAAGACCUGAUAAAAAACACAUAAGAAGUGGUUCUAGAGAGGAUAAUCAAAAUGGAAGCAUUUCUGUAAAGGAUAAUAUUUAUGGAAGCAACCUAGAUGUAGAGGUCAUUGCUGGCCCAUCUCAUGGAAUAAGUUGUUCCCGCCAGUCAACUAGUCCUACAGUUCCAAUAACUCUUGGGAGGGUACCCCCAAGUGAUUUGGUGUUGAAGGACUCUGAAGUGUCAGGGAAACAUGCUCGAAUAAACUGGAAUGCAAAGACAUUGAAAUGGGAAAUUGUGGAUAUGGGCAGCUUGAAUGGGACAUUCCUGAAUUCCCGGGCAGUUCACCAUCCAAAUGCUGGGUCCAGGCACUGGGGUGAACCAGCUGAACUAGCAGAUGGUGACAUUAUAACUCUAGGAACUUCAUCAAAAUUAUCUGUCCGGAUCUCACUGCUAAAUCAGCGAGUUCCUGCUGGAAUUGGUAUGGCAUCUGAUCCAAUGGUGGGACGUCGAAGUGGGAAGAAGCUUGUAAUGGAGGAUAUAAGCUUCUGCCAGUGCCCUCUACAGGGUCUUGAACAGUUUGGACUCUUUGGAAUUUUUGAUGGACAUGGUGGGGAUGGAGCUGCCAUAGCUGUCAGCAAGAUUCUUCCAGAAAAUUUGGCAACCCUUUUGUCCCACCGUGAGACAAAAGAAAAGGUUCUUUCAUACUCAGAUGCUUCUGAUGUUCUUAGAUAUGCUUUCAGUAUGACAGAAGCUACAAUUGAUCAUGAGUAUGAGGGAUGUACAGCAACAGUCCUACUGAUUUGGUUUGAUCAAAACAAAGAUUGUUUUGCCCAAUGUGCUAAUCUUGGUGAUUCAGCUUGUGUUAUGAGUGUCAAUGGAAAUAUGAUUGAAAUGACUGAAGAUCAUCGAGUAGCUAGUGUAACUGAACGAGCUAGGAUAGCAAGAACUGGACAAGCCCUGAAAGCUGGCGAAGUCCGGCUAAAUGGACUUAAUCUUGCCAGGAUGUUUGGAGAUAAGUUUCUAAAAGAGCAAGAUUCACGCUUCAGCUCCGAACCAUAUGUGAGUCAAGCUGUUCACAUUACAAAAGGAUGCACAGCUUGUGCAGUCAUUGCUAGUGAUGGACUCUGGGAUGUUAUUAGUACUAAAAGGGCAGUUCAGCUUGUUGUUGAGGGUAGGGAGAGAAACAGUGGUGAUAGUGCCUCCGCAGACAAAGUAGCCAAUCGUAUACUAAGUGAAGCUAGGAAUUUGCGAACCAAGGACAAUACAUCAGUAAUAUUUGUAGAUUUUGACAUUUUGAGAACAGACCAUUGUAUAGCCAAAUGAUUUGACUAUUUCUGGACAUCUUGUUAUAAGAAUCAUUUGCCGGGCUGUUGCUUCGUCGCUUCCA